UUGUUUGGCCAAGCUGCAGGAUUGGUGGUUGGUAGUGCCGAUUGACGUGGGGAAUUUACAGGUGAAAGACAAAGCGAGAUAAAAGCUCCCUUUGACGCCCCAGCGCGGAGUGCAGAGAAUAUUGGCACUUGGGCUCUUGCCCCAGCGUUAGACAAAAGAUUUUGUCGAACUACUUGUGUUGCUGCCUUUCGGCUUUGUGAGAACAGCCCUAUUUGGGGAGAGGUUUGCUGAAGGAGUGACUCGGCCAAGGAGACAACAACGCCGAGCGUCGCCACGUCAGUCAGUCGGCCAUCCGUUUGCAGCGGUGGCGGAGGAUGUGAGCGCUCCUUCUCGUAGCUAGCGCCGUGAAUAUGAACAAUGCUGUCUCCUCAGCAAUCAUCCACUGCUCCUCCGCCCUCCACAAUCUUCUUACUCGCUUCCUUACUGACUUUGAUCUCCACCACAGUUCAAGUUGCCUCCUCAUCCUCUGAUGACAGCACCGGUGUUAUCUGCAAUGGUGUGACGUGCGAUUCAAACGCCGGCUGCCAUGACAACCAAUGUACCUGCAAGCUUGGCUGGACGGGCAACGGGACAACUUGCUCUGACACGGACGAAUGCUCUGACCCCCAUGACAACGUUUGUAACCGACUGCAAUCCUGCGUCAACACGCCAGGAAGGUUCCGCUGCUUAUCGAUGGUCCCGUGCCAAGGCAGCCGGUUGGUGAGUGUAGGCCACGGGUUCGGCCUGUAUCCCGUGACGUUCACGCACGCCGAGGCCACGCGGAACUGCCGCGCCGCGCACGCCGAACUGCUACCGUACAGUCUGAUAGACUGCGCUGAAUACGCGUUGCGCAUCCUCGACGACGAGCUGCACAUCGUCAACCAGAUCGUGCUGACGGACAAGGCCAUCUGGCUCAAGGAGACCAAAGUCGAAGCGGAGUCGGGCACCACGCUUGGCCGGACUGCGAGCGGCUUCGUCAACGCCAACAGUCGAUUAUCGGUCUACCUUUGCGUUCAAUACAACAUGUACCUCUGUCCGGCGAGAGAAUCAGAGCAGUCGUCGUCAUCGACGCAUCUCGCCAGACCGGUGGCUCUGUUCGCCGACCUGCAAGCCAACUCCGAGGCACGCCUGGACUCGCACACUUACCAAACCGCACACGACCUGUGUCAACGGUCGGGCAUGCGCCUGCCCGACCCCAGCCCCGACACGACGCAAUGUCAGCAGGAGUUUGCCACCUGGCUGCGCACGGAGGGCAUCAGCGGUGUCGAUGGCAACUCGUUCUGGUCCGCCGCCGGCGCGAGCUCAUCGGCUCUAGCCGAAGGGACCACAACGACAUUUUGCGAGAUACCCAAUAGUUUCAUGUGCGCCGACGGAAUCAGCUUGGUGCAGCCCUCCGGAGAGCACUAUCCAGUUACCUACUCCAGUGCCGUGCAGUCGUGCUCCGAGGCAGGCCUCUCCCUGCCCGCCAACUCUCUGACGUCUCGCACCUGCAAUGCGCUGUUCUUGCUCCAUCUUCGCGUGCUGCGCAAUGCAGAUCUGGGCGUCCCUGGUGUCUCGAUACACUCCUGGGUCUUAAGCGAUGUUGAUGACGAGGAGAAGGCUGCGGAUGUGUCCGGCACUCGUCAUGUCCUUUGUGCUGUGCCCCCUCGUUACUACUGCAAGCAAACAACACUGGGUCUACCGCCGCGCUACCAGCAGGAUUGGCAGAAUGCCACCUUUCAGGACGCAAACACUGCAUGCCAAAAAGCUGGCAUGGAACUCCCCCUGGCUGAUGACGCGGCGUGCGUGGCUGCGUUUCUUCAUCGUCUGGAGCUCUCGUUUUCCUCCUAUUCGUUCACGUUUCCACAGAGCGCCUGGCUACAUCCCGGCAAAGGGUUUGGAGCAUUGGAUCCUGUGCAGUCUAGCGACAUGACAAAGAGAAAUCAGCGAGACGGCCUCCAUGUUAUCUGCGAUCUCACUAGAUACACGUGCACGUCUGGAACGAGUGCUGUGACUCUCAGCACAACGGCGAACACCAGAAACCCUCUAUUCUCCGCCUGCUGGCCUUCGCAUCCUGGCGAUGCCUUUGGCGGCCUGCAGAUUGCUGUACCAGGUCAGCUAUCGGAAGACGUGCUGCAUUGCCGUGCUCAGUAUAAGCAUCGCGUGAACCCCGUGGACGUGGCAAGGCCGUAUGCGCUCGCUGUGUGCCUGAUUCCAAGUCCAUCUUGUUCAAAUUCGCCAUGCUCCAGUAAUGGAGUGUGUCGGGACCUGGAUUCUGGACUGGGUUACGCAUGUCAAUGUGCGGCAUCGUACACAGGCACGGACUGUGAUAAUGCUGGCCCUGUUCUUUCAUCACCUAUUGGAAUCAAUGGACUGGUUGUGAGUGAGGAUGAUGACACAAAGUCAGCAGUUCUGUCCGUGUGUAUCAACUCCACCAUGAAACCAGCACCUCAGAAAGCCAAUAUUGUAUGGAGUCGAGAACAGGGAAGUCCGAUUGAUAUACCACAUCAAGAACAGACAUCAUUGAGUGAGGUUAAUGGUUGUUUCUUGUCCAGUCUUACCAUAUGGUUCCCACUUAUUGAUGGGGCUACUGGAAAUUACACCAUUACCGUCACUACAACUGCCGGUUCUUCAAAACUGACAAUUCCUCUUCGUUUCACCAGUAAGUAUUAA